GACGGUCAUGCAGUGAAACCAAGACUGUGGCGUUGCGGUAUGUUUGUAGUGCGGAAAGUUUCCAGCUGAAGUCCUGCGAUAUUCACAAUGACAUGACAGUUAAAUCAGCCUUUAAGCUUCUCUGGCACCUGUAACGUCCAGAAGAGCUUGAACGGCUCGCAUCCCUUCUCUGAUUGGACAGCAGGGAUUCAGGACGUCAUGGCAACAGUAUUCCACAGGUCAUGGAUGUGAGUGAUGAGUUUGACUGUGGGAUGGAGCCCACAGAUGACCUCGCGUCAUUUGAGGUGGUCAACGUGUCAAACCUGGGACUGCUGGAUCUCAGCGCGGAUGACGAUGGAUAUGUCCAGGAGACAAAGGACAAGACCAAACUCAAAACUAAACUCGUUUCAGCGUGGAAUAAUGUCAGAUAUAGAGGUUGGUCUUUGAAGAGCAAGCCGCGUCUCAGUAAGAGAAGUCCUGUGUGUCUGCUGGGACAGUCCUAUCAGCUGAGUUACAGCGGAGAGCGGGAGAGUUUCCGGCGGGCGUUCUCCUCCCUGCUGUGGAUGACCUAUAGGAAAGGUUUCCUGCCGCUGGAUGGCUCGGGCCUCACAUCUGACGCGGGAUGGGGCUGCAUGCUCCGCAGUGCACAGAUGCUGUUAGCUCAGGGACUAAUGCUGCACAUGAUGCCCGCAGGUUGGACGUGGCCUGCAACGCAUCAUCAGACCAAAGAUGACCUGGAGGUGUUAGACGCUCACAUGCUGGACGACUCCCUCAGAGAGAGCCAGCGUGACUCGGGAAAACCUCGCAGACGCAGUCUGGAAACCGCGUUAGAAUGCGAGUCUCACGAGGAGCAGACUCACCGGAGGAUCGUGUCCUGGUUCGGCGAUCUGCCCUCCGCCCCGUUCGGGCUGCACCGGCUAGUGGAGUUGGGCAGAGCCUCUGGGAAGCGGGCGGGUGACUGGUACGGACCAGCCAUCGCGGCCCACAUAUUCCAGAAUGCUGUGGCAGCGUCUGAAGUGUCCGAUCUGGCGGUGUAUGUGGCGCAGGACUGCACAGUGUACAUUGGAGACGUGUUAAAACUGUGUGGGACGUCCCGUAUGGAUUUCUCAUUGAGGUGCAGGUCUGGCUGGAAGUCGCUGGUUCUGCUGGUUCCUGUGCGUUUGGGGUCCGAUGUGUUGAAUCCUGCUUACGCACGAUGUGUCAAGAGGUUGCUGGAGCUGCGGUGCUGCAUGGGAAUCAUUGGAGGGAAACCCAAACACUCGCUAUUCUUUGUGGGAUUCCAGGAUGAUCAGCUGAUCUAUUUGGAUCCUCAUUACUGUCAGACUGCUGUAGACGUCCAACAAGACAACUUCCCUUUAGCGUCGUUUCACUGUAAAACUGUAAGGAAGAUGCCAUUUAACCGCAUGGAUCCGAGCUGUACAGUGGGCUUCUACGCCGGCAGCAGAGCAGAUUUCCAGACUCUGUGCUCAGACGUCACUAAAGCUCUGACAUCCCCCGAAGAGAAGUACCCCAUCUUCACAUUUGUGGAGGGACAUAAGGAGGAGGAGAGGAGCUGUACGUCAGACUCAGUCGCUUAUAUAAAAACCAAAGACAAACUAGGCAGAAUCAAAAAGAAGAGCAGUGUGGAUGAAUUUGUGCUCCUGUGAUGCACAGACUCUAUUUCCUGUUUGGUGCUCUAGUACUUCCUCCAGUCUGAGUCAUUUGAUCGGGAUUGCCACACUCACUGGUAUGUCAAGGAAAGCGGGUGUCCAAAAUGUGGGUCAAUAUAGGUGGUUUUGCUGUUUAGUAUUUAAACGUUUUUACAAGACUUUACAGACUGCUGCUGUUAGUUUCUUGUUUUUCCUGUAGUUGUCGUGUGUAAACGCACCAUACAGGAGGAUGUGAAGAGUUCGGGGAGCAGGUGGCUAAGCAGAUUAGUGUGGAUGUGUUUGGUAAGACGCUAAUGACAGCAGACAGUGAGGCUCUUGGACAGAUGAGAGGUGCAGACGUUACUCUUUGACAGGCAAAUAUGGGAUUUGGCUGUUGUAAACACUGUGAUUUAGUCUCUGUUUAUGUGUUUUGCUGUUUGUCUAACUACUGCAUAAACAGAAAGCUUUUAUUUUCAUGUUAAAGUUUCAGAGAGUAAAGUAAAACAGGUCUGGGUUACAUUUCACAUCACCUAUUUUUUUUGGUGUUGUGACUUGAUUUUAAUAUCAAUCACACACAUUUCCACCCAAAUUCUUAUGACAUGCGUUUUCAUAACCAGAACUUUUGAGGUGUUUAAUGUCCUGUAUAUUUGUUUUUGUUAGAGUUGAUUUUCAUUCGAUUUCGUUUUUUUUAUAUUUGGGUAGCAUUAAAGAUAGACAUCUUUGUAGAGUUAUACAGACAGUUUUAACUUCUCUGGUUAAGUAACAACUACUGACAAUCAAUAUCAAUUAUUAAAAGUAGUUCAAAAUUUAUUUUAUUUCUUAAUACAACCUUUACUUAUUGUGAACAAACUUUUUAUUGAAAAAAAAAGUAAAUAAAAAUUGUAUUUUUUUACCUCUUGA